CUCAAAGCUGAGAUAUGCGGGUCUGUAUCUUACUGGUUACUAUCUGUGUAGUUUUCUUUAACUUUGCUGCAUUGAAGGAUGCAGAAAGAGAAGAAGACAUCGAGUCAAGUUGGCCUUCGGUCGCCUACUAUGACCCGAAGACGAAACAACGUUGGCGUAUAACCUCAAUCGAGAACCUCAUGCAGGCGGAUGGCAAGAAAAAUCAAUACGCCCCCACAUCAACUAAGACGAAAAUUGCGACAUCUGGCGAAAGACCUGGAAAGUUUCCCCUGAUUCCUUCGACUUUCGGUGAAAAGCCGGGAAAGUUUCCGUUGAUACCGACGUCAUCCGGUGAGAAACUUGGGAAGCUUCCGUUGACACCGGAUACCAAGAAGCUCAUCCGGAGGAUUGGGUUCCGCAGCAAUGGGUGCUCCUGUCAGCAGCUGAUUUGCGGAUGUUGCUUGGGGAUCAAUUUGGAGCAGUUCAAUUUCAAUAGAGAAGGAUGUAUGAAUUUCACAUACUAUCCACAAGAUUUUGCUGUGGGUAUGGAUGUCUACAUGAAUGAAAAUAACGUAUUUUCAAAUGCUUUUUCUGCUAAAAAUCCCCCACCGCUAUGCAUCCCAAUACCCAUUCCAUACAUUCCAAUAGACAUCCAAGCUUGCGCCAGGCUGUACGACAUCUACACACCAGGAGCAAAUCUGCACAUGUGCCUUGACUUUGAAACGCGCAUUGAGGGAGGAACAUUGCUGGUCUUACAUUUUGACUGCAUGCGCAUGGGCCUAGAUGGUGUUGCUGGUGUGAAACCUGGGGUAGAAAAUGCAGGUAUAACCACUUCUUCAACGAUGGGACCACCUGGCGAAGAAGAUGUCUACGACGAAGUAACAGAGAUCAAGACAGAUCAUAAACAAAAGGGGAGAGAUUUGGAUGAAGUAGUCAUGUGAUUCUACCCAUUACAUAGGCCGAUAAAAAUUUAACCCGUACACCAAAGUAUACUAUACUACUUUUGAUACACUGAAUCUGAAUCCGUGAUCCAAAUCCCUCAAUUUGCGCUAGUUACAGAGAUAUCCCAACCUAAAUGUGCAAAAAUAGCUGUUUUUGCCUAAAUCUGAGGUUAUGUGGUAUGAUGAUUAUUUCUUUUUUCGAAAGAACCAUUUAUGUAUGUACAUCAUUUUAUAGUACAAGCCUUGCCCUUUCAAAUACCGUUGACUUUGCUUAAAUAUUUUUUGUUUUCGCCGAGAUACGUC